AGUCCUAUGGAUGAUGUUUGUUUUAUGAAUCACUGGAGCGAUAAUCAAAUCUGUGGAUGUGUGAAGUGCUGCGAACAGAAUCACACGUGACAUUAUAAAAUGAUGAGACAGCAGGAGUAAUGACUUUAAAGAUAACCUGCUCUGACUCCUAGAAUUCCUGACACGUCCAGUGACUACUGAGUAACCCAGAGCUUUAUAAAGACAAAGCCUGGAUGUGUCCCUUGGUUGUGUACCUUCGAGGCAGUGUAACAGAUACGUCUUGACAACAUUGUCUCUUGUUUGCCAUCAGAACAACACAACCUUACUUACGCCAGAGGAUCAUUUUUUACAAUCAUACGGAAAUUAUGGCUGACAUCUGCAGCGUGUCCUUGAUGGAUUAUUAACUAAAAUAAUCUUUGCUGUCUGCUGGACACAUCAGAGCAGAGCAGAAGUAGUCGCACUUACUGUCCUACUAUGUCUUAAGCAAGACUCUACUUCUAGGUCGACUGGUUUCAUGGCAAACAAAACGGACUGAGAAUAUUUGAAUUCUUCUUUUCUUUGAGGAAGGUUUGGAGGGAAACAUUUAACUUGUUUGAAUGUUUGAAGUUCAUGUGAAAAGUUGACAGGGUCUGAAAUGUGCUGAUUUGUUUCUCCUGCUCACGCACGGCUGGACUUGGGCACGGAAUAGAAAUCCUGUUGAAGUUAGGGGCUCUUCUGGAGUUCAGAAAAGGGAGCUCACCAUGGUCGGUACAGGUGGUCCAGUGGCCACGUUCUCUGUGUGGGACUAUGUGGUGUUUGCAGGAAUCAUUUUGGUGGCAGCCGGUAUUGGGCUUUUCCAGGCCAUCCGAGGUCGUAAGGAGACCAGCAGCGCUGAGUUUCUGCUGGGCGGGAGGCAAAUGACAGCUGUGCCGGUUGCCAUGUCUCUUACUGCCAGCUUCAUGUCUGGCAUCACAGUCAUUGGUACACCUGCUGAGGCCUACCGCUUUGGAACUGCAUUCUGGAUUUUUGGCAUCUCGUAUUCCAUCAUGUCUGCUGUCACAGCUGAGAUCUUUGUCCCACUUUUCUACAGACUGGGCAUCACCAGUGCUUAUGAGUACCUGGAGAUGCGCUUCAGUCGACCGAUUCGGGUAAUUGGAACAUCAAUGUACAUCGUCCAGACGGCCUUGUACACAGGUUUAGUCAUCUAUGCUCCAGCUCUGGCACUAAACCAAAUAACUGGACUUGAUCUGUGGGGAGUGCUGGUGGCUACAGGAGUGGUGUGCAUCGUCUACUGCACAUUGGGCGGGCUGAAAGCAGUAAUCUGGACGGACGUGCUGCAGAUGGUGGUUAUGUUGGCGGGUUUUGUGGCUGUUAUAGCGAGAGGAGCUGUACUGCAGGGAGGCCUGACAAACAUCUUCCAAGAUGCACGUGAAGGAGGUCGACUGGAGACGUUUGACUUUGACCCAGAUCCUCUGAAGAGACAUACUUUCUGGACAAUCGUAGUGGGUGGCAGUGUGAUGUGGGUGUCCAUCUACUCAAUCAACCAGUCCCAAGUGCAGCGCUACAUCUCCUGCAAAACACUGGGACACGCAAAGAUGUCUUUGUAUGUGAACAUGGUUGGCUUGUGGGUGACUGUGAGUCUUGCUAUGCUCUCUGGCCUCACUAUGUACUCUAUCUACAAGAACUGUGACCCACUUACAAACGGUGACAUAGGCACCCCUGACCAGCUGCUGCCCUACCUUGUGAUGGAUAUUUUGGCUGUGUAUCCUGGAAUCCCUGGCCUGUUUGUGGCAGCUGCAUACAGUGGGACCCUCAGCACAGUGUCUUCCAGUAUAAAUGCCCUGGUUGCUGUCACAAUGGAAGACUUUAUCGUUCCUUUUUGGAAAAACCUCCCACAGAAGCAAAUCUCCUGGAUGAACAUGGGCCUGAGUGUUUUCUUUGGUGCCCUGUGUAUUGGGAUGGCUGGAGUGGCUUCUAUGAUGGGAAGUGUUUUGCAGGCAGCUUUGUCUAUAUUUGGCAUGAUCAGUGGGCCUCUUCUCGGACUUUAUUUGUUGGGUAUGCUUUUCCGCACGACAAAUUCAGUGGGAGGACUGGUGGGAAUGAUCAUUGGUCUAGUGUUGACGCUGUGGGUGGGGAUUGGAGGGCAGAUUUACCCACCGACAGCUGAAAAGACAAAUCCUCUCCCUUUGAGUACGGAGGGCUGCAUCACCAACCAGACGUUCACAACGACCAUCCCAGUUACCUCUCAGCCUGAUGUCAGUGUCAGGCCCCCUUUGGCAGACACCUGGUACUCUUUAUCCUAUGUCUACUUCUCUCUAUUGGGCACACUGACCACAAUUGUGUCUGGCCUGCUAGUGAGCAUUAUCACAGGUGGAUGCAAACAAGAGAAACUUAACUCCAAUCUGUUUGUGAGGAAGAACGACUUGAUCUGCUUCAGCUGCUUCAGCAAACACAAGGUGGCAGAUAUCACAGAAAAGGCUGCGACAGACUUUGACAUGGGAGUUGAUAAUGCAGCGUUUACCGAAACCGAUGUAAUGAGCAAAGUCAGUGAAAAGGUGACCAAACUGUAAUACGACCACACCAUCAUCCCAAUGUCUAAAGGUUGGCUGAUGGCAAAUAGACUUGAACAUUUUACCACCUGCCCAUUUGGCUAAUGACGCAUAAAGACCACGCAUACAAACUCCAGUUAGGUUUCACACCUAAAGGAUGGGCUGGUUAGGAGGACAAAGGACUGGACGCCCUCUGGUGGUGAAAUGUUUCAAAUCUAAGAAAAAGAAGUCAUCAUGGCUCCAUUUUCUGACAGCCUCACCUGGAUGACUGAUGAUCCUCACUGCUUUAUCAAAACACUGUUGCAGCGACAACUUAAUGCUUCGUAAGCCAUGAUUACUUUGCUGCUAGAUUCACAUGUAUUUAAUUCACGUCUGACAUUAUCAUCUCUAUUAAGUGUGUAUUUAGGUUGGAUGUUAUGUGUUAAUUAUGUAGAUUUUACAACAAGAAACUGCUUGAUUAUUAGCUGCCUUUCAAAGACCUGUAAAAGCAGGUCGUUACCCAAGUGAAGUACCUAAACAGAAGAGAAACACAAAGUACAACUGUUGCCCUUCUGAUGUUUUCUUUCAUUUUUCUGUUGUUAGUGGUUUAGUGUUUUUGUACAGAGUUUUAAGCCACUUGUGGCAAAUUUGUUAUUCGUUAUUCGUAUGUUGGGCUAUAAAAAUAAAAUUACACAUGACUUAGUUUAACUAAACCAAAAAAUGCAAGGUGCUGUAUUUUUGAGUAGAUGGAAAACCAUUAUUAUUUUAUGAGUAUUAUAUAAAUGUUUUGCACUCACUGAUUCUCCAUAUAGAACAAGAAAAUUUUCCCUG